AUGCUGUCGAAGGGGUGCCCGCUGUUUCCUUCAAGCAGCUUGCCGCCCCUACGCAAAAUCGAACUCCUGGCUGAGGCUGACUUGUUCGCAACCCUCGACAACCUCACUCGUCUAUACUGCCCCCUCGUGUUCAGCAUCGAUACAGGGAGAAAACACUCAGUUGGAGACGUACCUGCAGAUUCAGGCUACGUCUCUGAUGCUGAAGGGGAGAAUGGCGACGAUGCCCUCACCGCCCUGCGAGCGGACGGCUUCGAGAGGACACUUGCCGAGCGAUGGUUGACGGGCUUCAUCGCAAGAGUAGAAGAGCUCUCAUGUUUCAAAACUGAUGAAGCGCGAGAGCGGGCUCUAGAUCAGGCGUCUUGCGUCUUGGAGUCGUUCUUUACAUGCACCAUCGAUGAGGAGGAAAGGCUCGAACAACUGGCGCAAUACUCACGGGACUUUACAUUCUCCACCUCUUCAAGGAACGCGGAUCUUUCCAAAAACAUCGAGGUGCGACUCAACGACGGACUCGCUGGGCAGAAUUCCGAAGAGCCGGAUGAUGUUGGGCUGCAGAGCUGGGGCGCAUCGAUUGUCUUCUCAAAGUUGAUGUGUGACCAGCCGGAGCGUUUUGGUUUAACAAAGGAAACGCUGGGCCAUUCACCGCGCAUCAUCGAGCUUGGCGCCGGCACAGGGCUCGUCAGUUUGGCGUUGUCCGCACUUUUGCCUCGCCACGACAUCACCGAUGCUACGAUCGUGGCCACGGACUAUCACCCAGCCGUCAUGGACAAUCUUCGUGCCAACAUCGCUGCGAACCCACUGCACGCACCUAUGAUUGAGGCAGCGGCUCUCGACUGGUCAAAGCCGUCGCGCGCAUCUCCCCUGGAUGUCGAGGCUGAUGUGCUCCUUGCUACCGAUGUCAUUUACACGACUGAGCACGCUGUCUGGAUUCGAGACUGCGCGACCCAAUUUCUCAAAAAGGAUGGCAUUUUCUGGCUGGUAGCCACUGUCAGGGAUAAUGGGCGGUUUGAGGGCGUGAGUAAUACGGUCAAGGCGGCUUUUGGAGAUGAAGGUCGACCACGUGCGAGCCAUGGGAAACGACUGACGGUCUUGAAGGAGGAACGACUGGGAAAAUUAGACGGCGUUGGUCGAGGUGAUGAGAGCGGGUACAAGAUGUUUAGAAUUGCAUUUGCAUAG